AUGAAAGAAAUGUUGAAGCGGAAGAAGAGUGUAGUAAUAAGUAAAUACAACAGCAGCCAUGGAAGAAGUGAUUGGAAUUACAACACGUCUUAUACUAGACGAUCGAAUUUUUUCAGAGAACAAAAAAAAAAAAAAAAAAAUUUAAUUCAAAAUGGAAUGAGUUUAUCGCUAAGCAGUAAGAAGCCAAGUGUAUUAUGCGCCUUUAAUGUAGACGAAGAGAAGAAGAUAUUUUUUCACAACUUACUUAACUUCCGUUUGGUAGACGUACUAACCAUUUUUAAGCUGCUACUGCAGCUGAGGAAAGUAACUUUGUACAAACAUACUGACAACAUAUCAUUUACGGUGAGGGAAAUGAAAAAGGGAAACAACUCUUAUAAGAGCACAAUUCGCACUUAUUUACUAUUUUUAAAAAAAUAUUUAUCGAGAAAUGAGUACGGAGAAGAUGCGCUUUUAGAGUUGUUUAGGCAUCUCCAAUUUGAGAAGCAAACGGAAAAGCAAAUCGACGUUACAACAAGUUAUGAUGGAAUGGAUAGUGAAGACAUUCCAACCGAUGGUUAUGCUCGAAAGGGGGCAGAAGCACACCGCACGUGGGGGGUUAACAAAAAAGAAUACACCGUUAUGUACAUGUUAAAAAAAAUUAUUCGCAAUCUUAAUGUUGACAUUAGGCAAAAAGGUUACAUAAACAAUGUGCGCGAUAAAUCGUUCCUAUUUAAAUUUCUUGUAAACAAAAAAAAAUUUCGCAUUUUAUCAUUUUAUAAGAAAAUAAAAGGGGUGUACUACUUGUGCCGAAAUAUUAUGUACAUGCAGAUAAGGAGCCACCUGCAGAAAGACAUAGCAGUAAUGAGCCUUGUAUCGACGAACAAAUCAUUCUUAGAAAUUGAGAAAAGCAAAAUAACAGUUGAUCCUUUUUACGUAAAAUAUUAUUAUAAAUAUCAUCUGAAUAAGUUGCUCUGCUUAUCUGAACAGUUGUUCCUCUCAAGGGGUAAUCCCAUCAAGGAGGGGAACUUCAUACAUCUUUCACAAAUGGAAAUGUGUACUGACAGAAGUGAGGAACGGGGUAAAAGUGAGUUUUCUUCCCAGGAUAACAUUCCCAUUUGGAGUGGUCAGGCUAUCCCAAAUGAAGCAGAUAAUAAAAAUAGCAUAAAAAGGAACGCAGCAACACGUUUAAAAAAGUAUGGCAUAAAUAUUAAAGUAAUAAACGUGUACCUGAAUGGGAAAUUCUCCGUCGCCUUACCACUCGUCUUAACGUACAACAUAAAUAAUGAUAUUUUUUACUUAAACGAUUUGUUCUACCUCGAUGGAACCAAGUAUGAUCUGGGAAGCAUACUCACCCGAAGAGAGAUUUAUUUUAAUAAUUUAUCCCUUUUUCAGUGGAAAAAUUUCAGUUACCUGAACAAUGAAAAUAUUAUCCUAAAUAGCGACAACCUUCAUUUUGACUUAAAUUAUGUUCUUCUGUUUUACCACUUAUAUUUCAAUAAGGGGGGAAAAUUGUGCAUCCGUCGACAUAUAAAUCCGACCUUUUCUUUUUACCCCCCCUUAGGUAGUAAGAAAGGAGCGAAUCCAAAAAGGGUGGAAAGGAUUGUAUACCGGUCUGAUAAGAAUGUCCUUAAUUUCGUUUUUUGA